AUGCCAUAUGGUGGACAAGGCGGCGAUGCAAAAGUGGGGCCCCAGUCACACCAUCCCUCCGCUGCAUCUUCAACAAAUAGCCUCCGGCGCAGGUGGACGUGGGCCUCAGCGACGGCAGCUUCGCGAGGGGGGCCGUGCCCAGCGCGCAGCGGCGCAUCCACCGAUGAUGUGAUAUAUGAGGCCUUGGAGUUGAGGGAUGGAGGAUCUGAUUAUCUUGGCAAGGGUGUUCUUAAGGCUGUGAACAAUGUAAAUAGCAUUAUUGGACCAGCAAUUGUUGGAAAGCUUGAUGGAACCUCCAACGAAUGGGGCUGGUGCAAACAGAAGCUUGGAGCAAAUGCCAUUCUUGCGGUCUCACUUGCUGUGUGCAAAGCUGGAGCUAUGGUGCAGAAGAUUCCUCUUUACCAGCACAUUGCAAAUCUUGCUGGAAACAAAACUCUGGUGCUCCCUGUACCUGCCUUUAAUGUGAUUAAUGGAGGAUCACAUGCUGGAAACAAGCUUGCCAUGCAGGAGUUCAUGAUCCUCCCAACUGGUGCCUCAUUCAAGGAGGCCAUGAAGAUGGGAGUUGAGGUGUACCACCAUCUGAAGGUUAAAGAACUGAAGAAGUAUGGUCAAGAUGCUACAAAUGUUGGGGAUGAAGGUGGUUUUGCACCUAACAUUCAGGAAAACAAAAAAGGCCUUGAACUACUGAAGGCGGCUAUAGAAAAGGCUGGCUACACUGGGAAGGUGUUCAUUGGAAUGGAUGUUGCUGCUUCUGAAUUCUUCAGUGAGAAGGACAAGACUUAUGAUCUUAAUUUCAAGGAGGAGAACAACGAUGGUUCGAACAAAAUAUCAGGUGACAGCCUGAAAGAUCUGUACAAGUCCUUCGUUUCUGAGUACCCUAUUGUGUCGAUCGAAGACCCAUUUGAUCAGGAUGACUGGACCACUUACGCCAAACUCACUGGUGAGAUUGGACAGCAAGUGCAGAUUGUAGGAGACGAUCUUCUCGUUACUAAUCCCACAAGGGUCGCCAAGGCCAUCAAUGAGAAGACCUGCAACGCUCUUCUCUUGAAGGUGAACCAAAUCGGCUCUGUGACCGAGAGUAUCGAGGCUGUCAGAAUGUCCAAGCGUGCUGGAUGGGGAGUGAUGGCAAGCCACAGGAGUGGCGAGACAGAGGACACCUUCAUUUCUGACCUCUCAGUUGGCCUGGCUACGGGCCAAAUCAAGACAGGAGCUCCCUGCCGGUCUGAGCGCCUGGCCAAAUACAACCAGCUGCGCUUAGGAUCGAGGAAGAGCUCGGUGUUGCCGCAGUCCACGCCGGAGCGAAGUUCAGAGCACCAGUGGAGCCCUACUGAACCACGUGUGCCUAGAGCCUGGAGAAAGAAGAUGAGGAUGUUUCCCCACUAGUUCGCUGCUGCUUUUUGAUAGAAUGCCUGUACGAUCACAGUAAUAGAAGUUUGGCCUUGUUUGCCGAAUAGCUACACUAGUGGGUUUUUUUUUCUCGUGGAAAAAAAGAAAGAAAUAAAACCUUUUUUUAUUCUGA